CUGUAGGUUAACUUUCUAAACAUGUUUGAAGACAUAUUUAGAAUUUAGAGAUCAGGUGAGUACCCCUCGCCCAUAUACAACCUCCUGAAAUCUAGGAUAUUCCCCCAAUCUCUUUAGAUUACGUAAAACGAAUGUUUUAAAAAUAAGUGUUUGACCAUUUCUCGUGACAUCACUGACAACACGCCGGGAAUGUAUCAUUGGAUAGGAAAUUUUAACUUUAUAGAAAACAAACAACUUCCUCCUAUCGUUUUCCAAACAUAGUCAAUUUUUGACGAGAUGGAGGUAUCCAGACUGUUAGUUGCCACGGCGUUUUUUGCGGCAUGUAUCGUUGGAAUAGCAGCACAAACUGGUCCAAAUGUUUGCCAACGGACAGAAACUGUUUAUCAGAGACGAAGAGUGUGUGCAUACAGAACAUGGCUCAGCUGUUGUUAUUACCGAUACGUGCUCAAGUGUGCCUAUAGAAGAGUAAGCUAUUGCUGUUCUGGAUAUAAAAAUGUCGCCAACAGGUGUAUUCCUGUGUGCUUCGGACAGACAGACAGAUCGGGCUGUAACAACGUAGGGACAUGUGUAGCUCCAAACACGUGUAGGUGUGACUCGGGGUACUCUGGGCCACAGUGUGAUAACAGUAAGAUUUUAUAAAAU